AUGUGUAACGGCCAGCACGAGGCGCGAGAUGACGGCAUGAAAGAGAAGUCAAAGACAGCCAGGCAGCCAAGUGCCAGCCAGCCAAGCACCAGCCAGCUAAGUGCCAGCCAGCCAGCCAAGUGCCAGGCGGGCAACCAGCAGCCAGGCAGCCAAGUGCCAGCCAGCCAAGCACCAGCCAGCCAAGCACAAGCCAGCCAAGCAGCCAGCCAGCCAAGCGCCAGGCAGCCAGCCAGCGAGGCAGGCAGACUGGCAGCCAGCCAGGCAGCCAAGCGCCAGGAAGCCAGCCAGACAAGCGCCAGCCAGCCAAGUGCUAGGCAGGCAGGCAGCCAGCCAGCCAAGCCCCAGCCAGGCGGCCAGCCAGCCAGGCAGCCGGCCAGCCAGCCAGCCAGCCAGGCAGCCAGCCAAGCGCCAGCCAGCCAAGCCCAAGGCAGCCAGCCAGCCAGAGAAGCUCCAGCCAGCCAAGCAGCCAGCCAGCUAAGCGCCAGCCAGCCAAGGGCCAGGCAGCGAGCCAGCCAAGCGCCAGCCAGGCAGGCAGUUAGGCAGGCAGCCAGCCAGGCAGCCAGCCAGCCAGCCAGCCAAGCGCCAGGCAGGCAGCCAGCCAGCCAAGCGCCAGGCAGCCAGCCAGCCAGGCAGGCAGGCAGUCAGCCACCUACCCAAGCGCCAGGUGGCCAACAAGCCAAGCGCCAGCCAGCCAGCCAAGUGCCAGCCAGCCAAGCGCCAGCCAGCCAGCCAGCCAGUCAGGCGCCAGCAAGCCAAGCGCCAGCCAGCCAGCCAAUUGCCAUGCUGCCAGCCAGCCAACCAGGCAGCCAAGCGCCAGCCAGCCAGCCAGCGAAGCGCCAGCCAGCCAAGUGCCAGCCAAGCACCAGCCAGCCAAGCGCCAGCCAGCCAGCCAGCCAAGCGCCAACCAGCCAGCCAAGCGCCAACCAGCCAGCCAGCCAAGCGCCAACCAGCCAGCCAGUCAAGCGCCAGCCAGCCAGCCAAGCGCCAGCCAGCCUGCCAAGUGACAGCCAGCCACGCGCCAGCCAGCCAAGUGCCAGCCAGGCAGCCAAGCGCCAGACAGGCAGCCAGCCAGCGAAGCUCCUGCCAGACAAGCGCCAGGCAGGCAACGAGCCAAGCACCAGCCAGCCAAGUGCCAGCCAGCAAAGCCCACGGCAGGCAGCCAGCCAGCCAAGCACCAGCCAGCCCAGCACAAAGCCAAGCGGCAGGCAGGCAGUCAGCCAGGCAGGCAGGCAGGCAGCCACCCAGCCAGCCAUCCAGCGAGCCAGCCAGGCAGCAACGUGCCAGCCAGGCAGGAAGCCAGCCAGCCAAGCAGCCAGCCAAGCAGCCAGCCAGGCAGCCAACCAGGCAUCCAGCCAGGCAGCCAGCCAGACAGGUAGGCAGGCAGGCAGCCAGCCAACCAGGCAGCCAGCCAAGCGCCAGCCAGCCAAGUCCAAGGCAGCCAGCCAGCCAAGCGCAAGGCAGACAGCCAGCCUGGCAGGCAGCCAGCAAACCAGGCAGCCAGCCAACCAGCCAGCCAAGCGCCAGGCAGCCAGCCAGACAGGCAGCCAGGCAGGCAGCCAGCCAGGCAUGGAGCCAGGCAGCCAGCCAGCCAAGCGCCAGCCAGCCAAGCCCAAUGCAGCCAAGCGGCAGCCGACCAGGCAGCCACCCAGGCACUUAGGCAGCCAGCUACCUAGCCAAGUGCCAGCAAGCCAAGCGUCAGCCAGGCAGCCAGCCAGCCAAGCAUCAGCCAGCCAAGCGCCAGGUGGCCAGCCAGCCAACCAGCCAUGUGCCAGCCAGCCAAGCGCGAGGAAGCCAGCCAGCCAGGCAGGCUGCCAGCCAGGCAUGCAGCCAGGCAGCCAGCCAGCCAGGCAGCCAGCCAGGCAGCCAGCUAAGCGCCAGCCAGCCAAGCCCAAGGCAGCCGGCCAAGCACCAGCCAGGCAGGCAGCCAGCCAGCCAAGCGCCACGCAGCCAAGCGCCAGGUAG